GUCUUAUUAAUAAUUCCGUACGGCAUACUUCAAUUUGGAUGUUCUCUAGUAUCUUCUACCAGACUAAUUGAAGGAAGAUAGACAUUCUCCAUGAUAUCUUUUUCUACGAAGAUAGGAUCCAACUUGGCUCUUUUCAGGGAACAAAACUUGAUUCAGAAGGCGGCGCAGUGCUGGGAUGUCCUCGUGACCAUCCCAUAUAAGAGCUUUGAUAGGCCUCCUCGGGCCUCAGCGGUGCCAAUAUUAGGUAUCUCGUUGGCUUAAGCAUGGAUCCGAAAAGGCAGUAAUAGUUGGAUAUGGCCUGGCUUUCCGAGAAGCUAAACAUUCCUCAAACGUCAGACCCCCGGACGUGAUACUAAUCUCCCUCUACUCGCAGUUUCACAGCGCUUGUUCUCUACUUGACCUGAUAUAUCGGGUCUGGCUAUGUCCACGUCACCUCCAUUCCUGGUGCCCAGCGCCCUCCACACUGAAGUGAUACAGGCUGAGGACAUCAAGUCAGGCGAUUCAUCUGACCAGGACGCGAACCAGAUUGCUAUUUUAUCCAUCAGCAAGGAUGAAGAUGAACCACUCGUGACCAGAAGGGAGUUGUGGAGCUAUUAUCUGUACUGUAAUGGUAACAAUGGUGUCGGUCCUCUGGGCUAUACACAAACUCUAUUCCAGGGGCUUGCCACAGCAGCGGGAUAUGAUCCUGUCGCAGGCCCCGGAUCGUCAUGCCUUGCAACAACCGCUUCUGGCCAAUGCGUAGUUCCCUGGGGUAGCGGUACAAAGUCAGUUUCUAGUGUGGUGCUGAUCGCGAAUGGUAUCAGUUUCGCCAUAAUGACAGCCAUGUUCACUACCAUCAGCUCUGCUGCUGACUACGGCACGUUCGGACGGUGGUUGCUGUUCGCUGUCACAGUGGUAUGUUGGGCUGCACAGUAUGCCUGUAUGGCGCUUACCACACCGGACCGAUGGGUCCUUGCAAUGGUUCUUUACAUUGUCGGUUUCGUAUCAUACGGCGCGACUCUUGUUUUCUUUUCCGCUCUAUUCCCUUGCCUCGCGCGUAAUACCCCACAUGCACGUCAGUUGAAAGAGAAGUAUGAAAACGGCGAUAUUUCUCCCGAAGUUUACGAGCAAGAGGAAUCUCUGGAAAAGAAUAGGAUCAGUAAUAUAUCUACCUUUCAUAGUAAUGUCGGGUAUAUCAACACCUUAGUGCUGAACUUAACGCUUUUGCUGCCGAUGGCGGACAAUCCCAAGGUGGACAAUUAUGUCCUCGUGCUUGUCAACACGUACUGGGUGGUACUUGGUAUCUGGUGGUUUAUUCUCCAGGAGCACAGGCCAGGCCCUAGUUUGCCUGAAGGCGAACACUAUAUGACAAUUGGAUGGAAACAGAUCUGGGCUGCGCUGAAGACAUACAAGCAUCUUCCCUACACCUUUGUGUAUCUGUUCUCCUUCUUCCUUCUCGCAGAUGGGCUGAAUACCACCGGAACUCUCGUUACCAUUUGCCAGAACAACAAGUUCAAUUUCUCAUUCCUGCAAAAUACCUACUUGGGCCUGUCACAGGCGAUUACCUCGACUAUCAGUACUCUCUCCUUCUGGUACAUCCAGAGAUAUUGGAAGAUUAGCACAAAGAAGAUGUUUGUGGUGACCAAUGUCGUCACUAUUUUGAUUCCGCUGUGGGGUAUGAUUGGAAUAUGGACAGAAAAACUUGGGUUUCAUAAUGUCUGGGAGUUCUGGGCAUACAACAUCGUGUUCGGCAUUUUCCAGGCGCCUUACUACGCGUUCUCCCAGACGAUGAUGGCCGAGCUUAGUCCCCCCGGUUUUGAUAACAUGUUCUUUGGUCUCUUCGGUCUGUCCAACCGCGCUUCUUCUAUGGUAGGACCCAAUGUCAUACAGGCCAUCAUCGACAAGACGGGGAACAACUGGCAGGGGUUCCCGUUCCUCUUUGUGUUGUGUACGGCUGCUGCGAUGGUGAUCUGGUUUGGGGUUGAUGUUACGAAGGGGCGUAGGGAUGCUGUGAGGUGGGCUUCUGAGCAGCGCAGGCAGAUUCACUAGAACGGACGUUGCGUAUAUGCUCUUUGGGGUGACUUCAGGCAUUUCUAACAUAUCUAACUUAUAUAAAUAAGCACGAGAUACCGUCGGCUCGGCACACGAACCCGAGCUAAGUUUUUGGCGACUAGCUGAGGUCUUUGGAAGUAUACAAUGAAG